CUGCUUCCGCACUGAUCGUGGUAUGGCGUCUGCCCGACGUUGCCGCGGCUGCCAGUGCUCGGGUCUCCGCCACGUGUGAUGCACUACUUGCCCUCGGCUGCACCGGAGCUGCCUGCACCCUCGUCCCCGGCGGAUUCAACCCGGCUGGCGGCUUUCCCUCGCUCGACGGUGUGUGUGUGUGCGAUCUGGCCUGCAGUGCGGUGAUUUUGCGGUCGGAUCUGCAGUUCGAUAAUUGUGCAAUAGGUUCUGUGGUUCGAUAACUGUGCGAUCGCUUCAGCAAUGGAUGUUCAGCGUGUGAUGAACAGAAAGGAGAUUUGGAUUGUGUAGAGAUUUCGGAAAGAUAAAUGGAAAUCCAGUCCUUUAUUUAAACGAUAGAAGUUACAAAUUUUAAAAAAAGAAGUAAUAAUAACCGCAGAAACCAAUAAUUUGAAAACCAAACCAAUACCUGAAAACACACAAAAAUAACAAAAUAAGGAAAGACACGAAAAGACAUAAAAAGAAAACAAAACAAGACACGGGAUAAGGAAAAAUAAAAUAAAAAACUCAAACGUGACAAGUUGCACGAUCCUCCCAGCCGAGAUGAUCGACGCAAUCGUGAAGGGGCUGGUGUCCUCCGCCUCCUACCUGCUCUCCAGCAAGCCCCUCGCCUUCACCAAGUCAGGCGCGGCCGACGGCACCCCCUCCCCCUCCCUCCUCGCUUCCAAGGGCACCUCCUGUAGCGCCCACUCCCUCCCCUCCCCCCCCUUCCCCCUCCUCUCUCUCCCCUUCCCCCCUACACAGCACCUGCGGCCCCCCCUCCCCGCACGAUGCCCACCCCCGCAGCGAGAGGGGGAGAUGGGUACGACCCCUGGGCUACGCCGAACGCUUCAUGACCGCCGCGCAUGACCACGGCUGCAUGACCACAGUGUACGCGCUGUGGCUGGACGCCCGCGCGCCCAUCGACUUUGAGGUCAUCAAGCAGGCCACCUCUAUCAUGUACAGGAAGCUGCCUCAUCUGCGCAUGUCGAUCGGCCGCCACAAGGGCAGGCUGUGGUGGCGCGAGAUCCCGAGGGAGGCCGUGGACGUCGAGGAGCUGCGCAGCGACGACGUCCUGGCCACUCUCGAGUCACUGCUCCGACGCCGCUAUCGCCUGGAAGAGGGCCCCCUCUGGUUCACGAGGUUCGUCCCCCUCCAGGGCGAGGACGAGUGCGUCAGAGACAACAACCACAACCUCAAGUACAAGUACGUCUGCCUCUUCGGCUUCCACCACAACGUAAGUGACGGAACGACCAACAUGAAAUUCUGCAAGGUGUUCCUGCAGGUAGUGAACGACCUGCUGGCGGGGCGCGAAGUGGACAUGCGUCAGGAGGGGGUCUUCGCUACGCCCCUUCACGACCAGAUAGCCGACGACGCGUCCUCGCAGGGCUACUUGUUCACUAUCUUCCUUAAACGCUUCUACAAGGGUAUCCUCAGCUAUGGGGCCUACGUCAGGAACUUUACACACAUUUAUAGAAUGCCCGCAGAGAACAUAGCGAGCACGCGGGUCCUGCACCACGAGCUGGACGAGUUCACCACCAGGAACCUUCUCCGGCGGUGCAAGAUGGAGGGCGUGACCCUGAAUUCGGCCUUCACCGCCGCCGCCAACCUCACGCUGUACCAGAUGAUGGCGGACAAGAACCACUCGCUGGACGCGACGACCGUCAAUUCCCUGCAGGCCAUCAACAUGCGACGCUACUGGCCCAAGGACGCGCAGCCCAACACCUUCGGCUGCCACAUCUCCAUGCUGGACGUGGGCUUCGCAACGAAGCGCGCUGACCUGGACGGCUUCUGGGAGUAUUCGCGCGGCGUGCACUCGAGCCUUGUGUACCAACUGACCACGACGCAGCACCCGCUCAAGAUCCAGCCCAUCAGCGAGCGCCUCAUCCUCAUCAUCCGCAGCAACUCGUGGCUGGACUGGGCGGGCUUCCCCUCCACCAACGACAACCACUACACCGUGACCAACAUGGGCGACCUGACCCACACCUUUCCCGGCAUGGGCGACGAGGUCGAGGUGUCGCGGGUGCUGCGCUCCGUGUCGUGCCACUUCAUGCCCACGCUCUGCCAGCACACCCUGCAGACGUUCCGCGGCCGCUUCUGCUACUCCCUCGACUACUACACGCAGAAGCUUUCGCGGGAGACCGCCACCACGUACGCACAGGGCAUCAUAGACCUCCUGCGGAAGUCCAUCCACACGCCCAACUGACGUGACCCGACGGCGAGGGAGGACACCCUCACGAAGACACAGGCGACGACGGCUCGCCCAAGGUGACAGUAAGACGCCCGACAGGACAACGACGACGAAGCUCCCUUCGGAAGGCUCUCGAAACGCCCCGGGAGGUACACAGCGAAGUCAGAGGACUGCCGCAGCAGCAGCUUCCUCAGUAGACAGAACCGCCGCUCGCCGUGACGAGAACACGACACGCAGGCCCGAAGGCCCUGGCAGCUGCGGAUGCGACGUGCCCUGCCGUCCUGCCCGCGCCGAAGGGACAACAGCCUCAUACCCAAUGCCCACGAUGCCUCUGUCAUUCUCCCAAGCUCAUAUCAUUCACCGCUACAAGACCAUGACAAGUCCGGCCUCGACGCCACACUUAGCAUAGUAAUCUCUACCUCCUGUUUGUUUUGUAUGCCACGUACAAAUGUAAUGUUCUUUGUUUUAAUUUUAAGAGUAUAUGCUCACCAGUAUUAUAGUGUGACUCACUCCGUAAAUAAAUCUGUUACUCAAA